CGCCGCGGACUCUCUCUACUCCUAUCCGCACUUCCGCAGCCGCUCAACACUGCGCAUGCGCCGCAAUGUGUGAGAAGUAGAUACGUCAUCGGCUCCUGUUUUAUUAACAAUAAUUUGACGUCACAGCGCCGUGACUGUCAACGUUGCAGACAUGGAGGAAGUGAGAGUGUUCCCACUGUCCUGCGUGGUCCAGAACUACGCCUGGGGGAAGGUGGGGCAGGACAGCGAGGUGGCUAAACUUGUUGUCGGUGGAGACCCGCAGGCUGUGAUAGAGAGCGGAAAGCCGUAUGCUGAGCUAUGGAUGGGUGCCCAUCCAAAAGGCGAUGCCCUCAUCAAAGACAACAGGAUAUCGCAAAGGACGCUGGGGCAGUGGAUUGCAGAUUACCCAGGAUGCUUGGGGUCCAAGGUCAAAGACACAUUCCAGGGACAACUCCCCUUCCUCUUUAAAGUGCUGUCUGUCAACACUGCACUCUCCAUCCAGGCACAUCCCAACAGGGAGUUGGCUGCCAAGCUUCAUGCCCAGUUUCCUGAGCACUACCCUGACAAUAAUCAUAAGCCUGAGAUGGCCAUCGCUCUCACACAGUUUGAAGGUCUUUGUGGAUUCCGGCCAGUGGAGGAAAUCAUCGGCUUUCUGAAAGCUGUACCAGAGUUCCAUGCUCUGGUAGGUAAUGAAGCAUCAGACGAGCUGCAGAGCAGCGUGGGUAACCCUGGCCGAAUCUCUUUGGCACUGAAGAAGUGCUUCAGCAGAAUGAUGAACUGUGAGAAGAAAGUUUUUGUUGACCAGCUGAACAUGCUGGUGAAAAGAGUGUCAGAAGAAGCGGCUGCAGGAAAAGACACAUCAAGCAGUAACGGAGAGCUGCUGCUGCGACUCCACUCGCAGUACCCUGGUGAUAUCGGCUGCUUCUCAAUCUACUUUCUAAACCGCAUUGUGCUGCAACCAGGAGAUGCAAUGUUCUUGGGAGCCAAUGAGCCUCACGCCUACCUCUCUGGAGACUGUAUCGAGUGCAUGGCCUGUUCAGACAACACAGUCCGUGCUGGACUGACCCCGAAGUACAUUGAUGUGAACACGUUGUGUGAAAUGCUGAACUACAGUCCUGCUCCAGCCAGUGCCAAAAUCUUCCCUUCAGUUCAGGACCCUUCCGACCCCUGCGUCUAUCUGUACGAUCCGCCUGUGCCAGACUUCACUGUCAUGAGGAUACAGAUUCCCUCUUCAGUGAAGCAGUACACCGUGAGCCCACUGGACUGUGCUGGAAUUUUGCUGGUGAUCCAGGGUGAGGCCAGUGCUACCUCGGCUGCUGCCCUCGCUGACAUGAUGCUGCAGAGAGGUUCUGUGCUCUUCAUUUCUGCCAAUGAGAGCGUCACACUGCAGGUGACCUCAUCGACUGGGAUGACUAUGUUCCGGGCCUGCUGUCUGCUGUAGAUGAAGGGGGUCUCGUCUCUAAGUGUUGUCUUUCUCCUUGAUGGGACACAUCUGAUUAUACUACUGAGUUUAUAUGUUGAUGUCAGACCCCUUAAUGUUGCUUAUUUGUGAGUGAAUCCAAGGGAACACAACUGUUGAGGAUAACUACUGUAUACUAACUUCAGCAAUAUGCAGACUGAGAGAGAACAAACAGUAAAAAAGGCUUGACACCAAACACACAAACACAUACACACCAGCACAUAUAUGGGAACAUUUACGGUGUCUUUUCCUCUUGGUCCUGUUGUUUGAACCUUUCCAGAAGUUGAGUUAGGGGUUUGACAUUUGAAUAACAGUGUGAUGGUUUAGUAGAAGUGUUUAUGAAGUGCCAGAUCAUAUCUCUCUUUAUGUUAAAGUAUUAUAAGGUUAUUCCUACUUAUGGGUGAGCAUGACACACAUAUUCUUUUAUCUGAUAAAUACCAAGUAAAAAAAAUAAAUAUCUCAAUUAGGGUAAUCCACUUCAGCCCUUAUAAAAUGCCUGUGCAUGAAUUUUAAAACAAUAGCACAAAAACUGCUCGGUUCUUGAUUUUGAAGAUCACCUCAUUUAGAACAUUUAGAUUUGGGAAUGCACAUUUGCAUGUUUUCUCUACUUUAAUAUGUUUGACUUAAAAAUCAACCUGGUAGAAGAAUUACAUUUGUUCCUUGGCUGCGGUUUAAUAUUUGAAAACAGUCAGGUCUGAUCGUCUACUUUAUACUUUUAAAGGAGUUUACCACAUCGUUUAAAAAUCAUGUCUCUAUCAUGUAGUGAAAACACCAACACACUAUUCAGGGACGUUUUUAGUCAUUUUAAAUGAUGUUAGAUAUCAGACAAAUCACUUUUAAUAUUUUAAUCUCAGUUUACUAAGAUGUGGUAACUUUUUUUAAUCAGACCUUUCCUGUGUUGGGUACAUUUAAGCUAUGUAACCACAUUAAAAUGUGGUUUAAAAGUUGCACAUCCUACACUAAAAUGUUUUUUAAAAAUGUUAAUUUUCUGACUUGAAAGUUGAUACAGAUACUUCCUGCCCCUCUUUUCUCCUCACACUCAAAAUACUGCUUCUCAGCAGUUCAGAUACUACAAUAUGAGGAAUUACAGUUGUCCUACUGUUUGUUUACUGUAAAUUCUGUACGUUUUUACCUGUGAUUAACUGAGGCAGAUUAAGCCUCAGGUCCACAACAUGGACGAUAUUUAUGUGAGCGCUACCUCCAGUGAAGGUUUGGAAUGUAGGCAUGGAUUGGCAUGGCAAUGUAUGGAAUCUGCUGUGGCAUGAGUCUGUCAAGGCUGUGUAACCCUAAUAAAAA